AUGGUCAAGAAGCGCGCGUCCAAUGGACGUAACAAGAAGGGUCGUGGUCACGUCAAGCCCAUCAGAUGCUCCAACUGCUCUCGAUGCACCCCUAAGGACAAGGCGAUAAAGAGAUUUACCAUCCGUAACAUGGUUGAGUCCGCUGCCAUUCGUGAUAUCUCAGAGGCAUCUGUCUUCUCUGAGUACACAGUUCCCAAGAUGUACCUCAAAUUGCAAUACUGCGUAUCUUGUGCCAUUCACGGCAAGAUUGUCCGAGUCCGAUCCCGUGUUGGAAGACGCAACCGUGCCCCACCUCCCCGUGUUAGAUACAACAAGGACGGAAAGAAGGUCAACCCAAACCAAGCCGCUGCUAAGGCUUAG